ACGUAUGGCUGCAACAUUUGUUGCUCAUCCUCAAUCAGUAUGAUCAUGCUGAGUAUUUUUUUACAUCCAAAGAAGGAAAAGGACCGUCUAGGUGAUGAGUUGUUCUCCCUGAUCCUUGAGGACCUCCAGAUAUAAAGCAUGAAGUGUUCUGGGUUGCCGCCUUUGGAGUGGAUCUGGAGAAGAGAGCUGCUGCGGGAGGAUCUCCAAGAUGUCCAAAGUGAAGCCUGCACCCCCUCCUGGGUGCACUCUGAACAUCAGCGAUCCUCAGGUCCAGGAGGCUGCCGUCCGAAUCCAAGCCUCGUAUCGCGGCCACAGGUCUCGUAAAGAGCUGCGGGAGAAGGGCCCUCCCAAGAUCCUGCAGGAUCUUAAAGAUGUGGUUCUUGUUGAGGGCAGCGCUGCAAAGCUGGAGUGCAGAGUGAGCGCCUUCCCAGAUCCUUUCAUCGUCUGGUCCAAGGAUGGAAAAGAACUAAAGGAUGGUCCCAAGUACCGCUAUGUUUUUGAAGACCCUGAUUUUGUGGCGCUCGUGGUCAGAGAUGGGGUUCUGGCUGAUCUGGGAAAAUACACGGUUUCCAUUAAAAAUCCAUUUGGACAGACAUACGGGUCUGCCUGUAUUCUAGUGGAAGUCCCUGCUAAGGUUUCUAAAGGCCCAGACAACAAGAAGGCCAAAAGAGGGACAACAGUUGUCCUCAAGGCUGAAAUAAGCGGGGAGCCUCCACCAGAUGUUGCGUGGCUUAAAGAUGGAGAUGACAUUGAAGAAGAUGACAGGGUAUUCUUUGACAUUGGAGACACCAACACAAUCUUGACCAUCAAAAACGCAAAGUUGACUGAUGCUGGCAAGUAUGAGGUGUUUGUGGAGAACAACCUGGGCACAGACCAGUCCUUCGCUCGCGUCGACAUCCUCUGAUGUAACCUCUCAGCUACACUGAUGCUAAUGCAAAAGCCUCUUUUCUCUUAUAGCGCAAUCCAAUGGGUAAUAUAUGCUGCGUUUCUCAAGCUGUACAUUCAAUCAUGCCCAUGAUAAAAAUGUAAAGACUUUUUUUGCCAAGAGCUUUUGAGUUGUUGUUUUUUAAAUGAUCCAUUAUUGAUGAUAGGAUAAUCAGCAUUUGUAUUGUGGGACAAAAGUAGAGAUUUCUAAAGACAGCAUGCAUACAGCAUACAGACAGUUAUGAUGAUAAUAUAAUUUUGACAUUUGACAUAAAGAUGAGAGGGUUACGUACAAGGGUACAUGGAAGAGACGUGUGUAAGACAGUAUCCCUAGUGUUGUUGUUAUCAAUGUAAUUAAUGUGUAUCAUUUCUCCUGUCGUGGUUGAUAUGAACAGCUUAGUCUUGUGGCCCUGACACACCAACCUGACGGUAGAAAAGGCCGUCGGGCUGACUGCCUCCACGGGUUGGCCAAAAUAAAUGAUCCUCAGAACCCAAUGAAACGCUGCUGACUGCCGACAGCAGCCGAUUGGACAAACGCGUCACGUGCGUCUGGUUUCUCUAAGAAUUCAAAGCCAGACCGUCAUGGCGGCUUGUUCAGAAUACAAUCUUAUAUUUUACUAAAAAAGUUCACCAAAACGUGUUUCUGAAAACAUUUUAAGCGAGAAAUAGGCCAGGUUUUUGUCAGGUUUUGAGAGACUCUAGUCACUCUCAUGUCGUUCCUUGUUUCUGGGUUAGCACUCCACCAAUCAGAUUGGUCACUUUGAGUCUGACUGCCGCCAGCGCCCGCCUUCUGACCGAGCACGUCGGAAGACCGCUAUUUCUAACAUUAUUAUUAUUAUUAUCGACAGUCUGGCGUUAUAAUUUAUUUGCCUUUGGUGCACUGUGGAGUGGGUAAGACGGGUUUUAGUGGCAGGCUAGCAGAUUCUGUUGACUUGCGCUGGCCUAGCACCAGCUGGAAGGACAGGAUGAAAAGUGUUGAAAACUGUCUCCACUAAUAAAAAACACAAGGCUAACUUGGUAAUAAGGUCUUUUGUCCAAAAUUCUGAGCCGCCCCUUUAAGCCUUAAUAUCUCUUAUCAAAAGAACCACUCAUUAGAGUACAAAACUAAUCAAAAGACCACAACUUCUUAAAAAGUAUUUUGUAUUUUGAAAGACAAGUUGGACAUGAAUGGAAUUACUUGUGCACAGUCAGAGAUAUAUUUUGCUACCAGCAGCGUAGCUGUGAUCAGAGGAAUUACAGUUCUCAGGUGUUAAUGUAGUUAGUAAUAUAGUUAUUAAAUAAUAUCAUUAUAUAGCUACAGAGGUUACACUGAGUGGAUCAGGCGCACCAGAGAGACAGUCCACCCCUGCAUUGUAACAGAUUGCGUAUAUGAAUGAGACAAAUGCUCAGGAAUCUCUCAGAGAUACAAAAGUAUCCAA